AUGAAAUCAUCAGCAGCUGCCAUAGCCACCCGCGAGAAGAGAGUCACCGAUCCCUCUCCAAACGAUCAGCAGGCCGAGACUAAGGACUGGAUCUUGAAGGAAGACUCGUGGGGUGUGCGUGUCAACAAUGGAUUUCACCUUAUUACUCAGCCUAUGAAGCCUUCAUACAACAAAAACAACAACGUCAAGCCUGACACUUCAAACACGGCCAAGGAUGGAGCGAACUUGCACCAUCAGCCGGCAGUGCCCAUAAAGAGGGCCGGACCUGCUCCGAUGAUGCAGAGCAACAAGCGAGCUAGGAACGACAACGCGAAUAGAUGGACUGAUGACUCGGAGAAAGCUGAAAGGUCUGCGACAUACACGCGUCUGGUGAAGGAGCGAAAGGAAGUUGUCAAAUCGAAGGGCACGCUGAGGGAAAAGAAGCUUAAGCUUGAUGCCGAAGCGGCCGUGCUGGAGAAGAAUGCUGAGGAGAUUGAUGCACGAAUCGAGAAGAUGAUUCAGAACGCGUCAAGGGAAGAGAUAGUCGAGUGGCUGAUGAAGGCGUCGUUCGGCUGCACGGGCCUCAGCACCGCGUCCGCGACCCUUGCGGGCAACCUGGCCAUUUCCGCAUCGUGGAACUUGUUUGACUCCCAGAACAACAGCACACGACAGCCACUCUCCACAAUGCUGUUCCCUUCAAUCGCCGCUCUCGCUGCGGCGACGAGCUUCUUCAGCCUCGCCGCCUCGCACAACAUCCAAAUGAAGGCGCACCAGCGCGAAUGCUUCCACGAGGCCCUGCACAAGGACGACAAGAUGACGGUCACGUUCCAGGUUGGCGACAGGGAGCUCGAUCCACUCUCCAAUGCCUCGUGGCUUGCUCGCAUGGGCGCAAAGCCACUUAUCGAAACCCCCUCCCGCAGCUACCAAAUCCACGAGCGCGGCGUCUCAUCCGGCGACCAUUCCUUCACCGCGACCGAAGACGGCAAAUACACAUACUGCUUCAACAACGAGUACUGGGGCGCUAACACCAAGGAAGUCAGCUUCAACGUCCACGGCAUCGUCUACGUACCCGAGUCCGAGGCGCCCCAGGACCCGCUGGAGAAGGAGGUGCGCCAGAUGAGCGAGCUGGUGUCGCAGGUCAAGGACGAGCAGAGCUACAUUGUGGUGAGGGAGAGGACGCACAGGAAUACUGCCGAGAGCACGAACAGCAGGAUCAAGUGGUGGAGCAUUUUUCAGCUGUGCUUCUUGACAGGGCAGGGCUUCUUUCAGGUUUGGUGGUUGAAGCGGUUCUUUGAGGUCAAGCGCGUGGUCUAAGAGCGGUUUGCAUGUAUUCUGGCAGUCUUGCUUAUCUGGCGUUGGAGCGCAUGGCAUUGGAGCGGAAGAAAAGGGCGGAGUUCGCUAGAAUCACACUACUUGACACUGGAGGCUCCCUUAUCUUGAGCCCUUCCACGGGUAACUAUGGCAUCACUUCAUCUUAUUCCGGUUCAACCAUAUCCUGAAACAACUGUUCGUUGCACUUGACUCCCGUACUUUGGUCCGGGACGGCUAGCUGCAUGGGCCGGCCAGCCUGGCAAUUCACGAUGCAGGCAUCCUCACCGAAGCUAUUUCGUAUCGUGCUCAACGC